AUGUCCGUGAUGCUAGACAACAAGUCAGCCCGGCUCUUUCAGGCUGCAAGCACCGUAUUUCAAAACCACUGCCAUCAGAUUAUUGACGAGCUCCUGCUAAAUGGCUUAUCGGAGAAUGAACUUAAUGCUACGAUUCGUCGGCUGUAUCGGUCAUUGGAACAGAUCAAACGAGCCGGACAGAUGAUGGCCAUCGAUUGCCCGACUAAUGAGCUUGUGCGUGUUGUACCUAUUGGAUUUUUCACUUCUAUGAUCAACCGACCCGGACAAGAGCCAAUGACCGAGUUUGAUUGGGCCUGCAUUUUUACCACUGACAUUCUGAACACGUUGAGCGGUGACUUUUUGCGCCAUGGAAACCCCGAUGAUAUUGUCGCUAGCCUCAAACACCAAGCAUUGCUUUGGGAUUUAGCAGUGCCAUUCCCUCCAGUGAUUUACCAUGCCGACGAUGGUUCCCCCCCACCGUAUGUGAAUUCUCUUCAGAUCUCCUCUCCUGCUAGUUUCGCUCGUAUGAACUCUCGGAUUCCAGUGAUGCCUCGCCCUCGUCCUCCAGUUGACACUUACCAGGCUUAUAACCGGCCCGUUCCUGGUCCUUACACCCCUGCUUUGCCUGCACGACCUUGGCUUGAUUUUUUGCCCGAGUAUGAUCCGUCGGAUAUAGAUCCUAACAUUUCGGGCAUUUAUAGAAGACCCAGCUUGGAUCCUCGGUAA